UACGAAGUGCAUUGACAAAGCAUUUAAAAGCACACGCUUCAUCCGAACACCCUCAGUGACACUCAUAGUGACCAAAAUGAAAGCUCCAUUGGCAUUGAUCGCAGUACUCCUCGUGCUACAAAACGGGAGUGUCUCCGCCAACCUGAAUGCUUCAGAGAUUUUCUCUGACCUCUUUGACGCUACUUUUAAUUCAACUGGAUUUUCGGUGGAAGCCGUUAUAAGCGAACCACUUUCCACUCAUCAAGCUUGUGCUAACGAGCUCAAUAGUUCCAUUCGGAAAGACAUUGCCGAUGCUGGGGCAGACUUUCGCCAGGCUUUGCGAAUUCAACAAACUGUCGCUCAGGAAAAUUUUGAAAACAUAAGUCAAUUGCAUACGGAAUUCUUAGCAAAUAUAAACAACUGCACACAAAAGGAAAGCUAUGAUUGCUACUUCUCGGCGAUUCAAAAAGUGGUCCGGGCAUUUCAGGCUCAAACCGAUAAUUUUUUCCCAGUUGACUAUGUAAAAAUAUUCUUCCGCACAGAAGAACUCUUCAAAAGUGUACACGGUGAAUAUGUGAAAUUCGGGGUUUGUUUACUGCGACACCCGGAAGUUACAUCAGCACCUGAAAAAGGAAGUUCUGACUCCUCAGAGGCAGAAGAGACCACAGCAAGCCCAUUAAAUCUUCUACAGUUUUUUUAAAAAACAAUUGUUUUCAAGAAUAGGUGACUUGUACUACAUUUUCGUAAUAAAAAGUGCAUUACCAUUUCAA